CGUGGCCCCCCUCUCCGACCGCUUGUUUGGCUGCUGCCGUCACCUCAUGGCGACGCGAGUAGAAGGGGUAGCGCGGGGAAGAGGCGGCGGCGAAGAGGCUACCGAGCCGGGACGGGGCGGCCGAAGGCGCAGCCCGCGGCAGAAGUUCAUAAUUGGCACAAUGGAAGAAGCUGGACUUUGUGGCAUAGGUGUAAAAUCUGAUAUGUUAAGCAGUGCUCAGCGAAAUGAUAUUCUGCAACAUCAGGAAUCUCAUUGCCAUGGUUCAAAUAGCAAAAAAUCAUUGGAGGAAGUUGAAGAGAGUAACUUUUUAACCAAGAAUAGAAAUUUAGUCAGCACAGCAUAUUGCACACGAGAAUCAAGAGAGGAAACACCUGGUCGAGAAGCUCGGACAGACCCACCAGAUGGUCAGCAAGAUAUAGAGGGUGACAAAAACAAAGAAAAAACUUUAGGAAAAGAAGUUUUGUUGUUGAUGCAAGCCUUAAAUACUCUUUCAACUCCAGAAGAAAAACUGGCAGCCCUUUGUAAGAAAUAUGCCGAUCUUCUGGAGGAGAGUAGGAAUGUUCAGAAGCAGAUGAAGAUUCUUCAGAAGAAGCAAGCCCAGAUUGUGAAAGAAAAGGUCCACCUGCAGAGUGAGCACAGUAAGGCUAUUCUAGCUCGAAGUAAAUUGGAGUCUCUCUGCCGGGAACUUCAGCGUCAUAAUAAGACACUGAAGGAAGAAAAUAUGCAGCAAGCACGAGAAGAAGAAGAAAGACGCAAAGAAGCAACUGCACACUUCCAAAUUACUUUAAAUGAAAUUCAAGCUCAGUUGGAACAGCAUGACGUUCAUAAUGCUAAACUUCGACAAGAAAACAUUGAAUUGGGAGAGAAAUUGAAAAAACUUAUUGAACAAUAUGCAUUGCGGGAAGAGCAUAUUGACAAAGUGUUCAAGCAUAAGGAGCUACAGCAGCAGCUUGUAGAUGCCAAACUUCAGCAGACAACACAGCUCAUAAAAGAAGCUGAGGAAAAACAUCAGAGAGAAAGAGAGUUUUUGUUAAAAGAAGCCACAGAGUCAAGGCACAAAUGUGAACAAAUGAAGCAACAGGAAGCACAACUCAAACAGCAGCUUUCUCUUUAUAUGGAUAAGUUUGAAGAAUUCCAGACUACCAUGGCAAAAAGCAAUGAACUUUUUACAACCUUCAGGCAGGAAAUGGAAAAGAUGACCAAGAAAAUUAAAAAACUGGAAAAAGAAACAAUAGUUUGGCGUACUAAGUGGGAAAACAACAAUAAGGCCCUUUUGCAGAUGGCUGAAGAGAAAACUGUUCGAGAUAAAGAAUACAAGGCGUUUCAAAUAAAACUGGAGCGUUUAGAGAAGCUGUGCAGGGCUCUCCAAACAGAAAGAAAUGAGCUCAAUGAGAAGGUGGAAGUCCUUAAGGAACAAGUCUCUGUAAAAGAAGCAGACACAGAUCAAACAGUGCCCGUGUUACAUCCAUGCACUCUUCUUGAUUCCCACAAAAAGCUGAAAACUCCCUCUGAAAAAGAAAUGGGGCUUCCCCUCGAGGCCGAGCACAAUGCAGCAGAUGAAGGCGAUGGUUUUCAAGAGACUGUGUCCGUGAGUUCUGUUCCUGACACUGAUUCAGUUGACUAAAAUGAAGUGUAAACACUGUAUUGAGAGAUAUAUUUUGUGUAUAACUUUCUCUGUUGGUGGUAACUAUUGGUUUUGUGGUGAAAAAUUUCUUACUUUUUCUACCAUAUCUGUAUUUUCUUAGAACUACUGGACUUACGUGGUACAGAAAGCUGCCUAGCAGCUUUGAAUAGUUUUAAUCUAUAAAUUUUCCACAACUGUGUUGCACAUCUGCCUCAUUUUUUCCCCUCCUUUCAUAAGAAUGCAUGUGUGUGUUGCCUUGUCCAUCUUUUCUCUGCCCCUUGCACACAGAAAUCCAUGAUUAAGACUUUUGUUAAGGGAUACAUAACAGGCUUACCAUUAUCUGUAAUGGUAACGUUUUCUUAGUAUGAAGAUACUGUUUCUUGGUAUAUUGAUGUGACUUUUCACCCUCCAAACAAGGAAAAAAACUCACAAUUUUUAGAAGACACUUCUACCUACUGGCCUAUAAGAGUGUCAAAUUAUCUCCCACUAACAUGUGAAAAGAAGAAUACAGACUUGGACAAUAGCAAGAUUUUGCAGUGACCUGGCUUUUCAGCUUUGCAAAGAAUAAUUUCAUUUGGAUGGAUUGGCACUGUUGUCAUAUGCUUAUCAAAGUUGUGGCAUAGUAUUUACUCAGUCAUGAAAGAUUUACAGUGUAACUUGCAAGAAGAAAUACACAUGGUGUGUACUGGAUGAGAACAGGUUUAAUGGGUAUAAUAUGUAAAUGGGUUUAAUAUAUAUAUAUAUAAGUAGUCAUUAGGCCUGUUUCAUGUAGUGAGUUGGCAACAUGGUUGGUCCAGGUUAGGUAGGGAACUGCAGAGAAAUAAUAAUAUAUGGGUACGGAAGAUACUUUGCUAUGUGCACUGUCCUUCAGGCAAUGCUUUGUUAGAGAUCACUGUUAAACGUUUGAAUCAUGGUCUCUUUGAAUGAAACUUCCGAAAAUGUUUUAAGUUACCAGGCUAUUUUAAACCGGCAGAACACCCAUCUGGUUCAAAGUCGCAACUUUAAAAAAUCUGCAUGUUAAAGUGAAGGACCAUAAGUAAAACUACUACACUUUAAAAAAUUAUAUGCAAAUGUUCUGGAGUUAUGCUUCCUAUGAGUUAAUACCAAAUUGUUUUGUAUGAUUUUAAAAGGCUAUUUCAACGGGAAUAAUCCCUGAAGCAGAAAGGCUGGGACCAAUAUUUUAAUUAUUAAAAGACCAGGCAGUGUGUAGCCAGGGACUGAUAAUGCUAUUUAUGCCCAAGUAUGCUUGCUUAGUUUUCAUUUUCAGUUGCUAUUCAUUUUUUUUGGAGGCGGGGGUGGUGAGGCAAUCGAGCUUAAGUGACUUGCCCAUAGCCACACAGCUAGUAAGUGUAAGAUGUCUGAGGCUAGAUUUGAUCUCAGGUCCUCCUGAUUCUCCAAGGCCUGUAUUCUAUCCAUUGUGCUCUCUAGCUACCCCCUGUUGCUUUCAUUCUAAAAGAAAUGCAAAAAAAGGUAAUAUUUUCUGGUACUUAAUUUUAUUUUUUUUGCACUUAACUUGAAGAGGGAUUUCUAAACCAAGCACAUAACUUGAUGAUUCUCUUUGCCUAAAUAAUCCCUUUUGUCACAGUAUACUUACCGUGAAUGUUCAGACUGCACUGAUGAAAGGUUUCUACCUUUAUGUGAAGUUAAACCAUUGAGAUCAUGUAGAUCUGUUUCUAUGGUAAAGUUCUAAAUCUAAUGCAUUUGUUAGCUCACACUGCUGAACAAAAUUCUUAAACUGAUGUACUUUAAACUAUAGCAGCACAAAAGAACUCUGUUCUGUGCAGGUGAGAGAUGUUCUUUCAGUCAGAUUUGCACAGCUUGUUACAAUAGAGGUUGUAAGUAUGAGGAGGACAAGAGGAAGGUAGAGGUGGCCAGCUAGCCUCUAAAUUUGUAAAUGCUAAUCAUGUUAAAAACCAAAGGGCAAGGCAGUAUAGGAAUAGGUUCACAUGAAACUACAAAAUGACUUGACUGUUGUGUUGUAAUGAGGCAAUUUGGACUAGUUGGUUUCAGUGGCACUGAGCUGCAGUUAUUAUAUCAAACAUGGGACUUAUUAUUUUCUUAAAGGUAAGUGUAGAUUCGUAUAUCAGAACAGCCUACCUUUAAUUUAGGACAAACUCUUAAAUUUCUGAACCAGUGGAAGAUGUAGCUCAAACAUUUCAUAAGCCAGUUGUUUAUCUUCCAUAAAUUUCUACAUGGUGCUUGCUUUGCAUGGAAGAUAGAUUUUGGAUCCUGUUGUGCAUUUUUAAAAGGCUUUAAAAAGCAAAGGGUUAACAUACAGUACCUUUCCUCCCGUUUUCACUUUAACUUUCUCUACUAUCUAGAUGUUAUAACAGGAACAAUAGAAAGUAUUUCUGAAGACAAUGCAUUACCUUUGAAUGGGUUUUAUUUCUCCUUCAGUCCUCUAUCUCAACAAAAGAAACAAGUAGGCUUGCUGAAUGACUCCUUUAACUAGUCUCCUCUCCAAGUAAGAUGAUUUGCGAGUCCAGUAGUAGCACACCCAACACUUAGACUCAGCUUUACCAUAUAGUUAGUCAUUGCAGUGACUGCCAGGCAGACCCCUAGUACAUACUUUAAAAUAUUAUUAUUCAGUUCAUUUAAAUUGCAUUUCUUGCACUAUCAUUGAAUCAAGGUGUGGUAGUCUAUAAUGAUAAUGGCCUCUGAAACUUGGGCCCUGUAUUAAGAGACCAUUUCAUCAUUAGACCACAGAAGUUUGUUUUCUGAUUUUUAAGAGAGAAACAUUGUGUGUGUGCGCGCAUGCGUGCGUGCGUGUGUGUGUGUGUGUGUGUAUGCAAACUGUCCUUUUACUACACCUACACCUGGUUGUUACAGUUCAAUUCUCAGGUGUUGCAGAAAAUCUACCUCUUUCAGACUGUAGAUGGAAAUAACUGUGAAAAAAAAAAGUGAUGCAGAAAUCUAGUUUGUGCUAAACACUGCUUUAUUUUUACAACCCAUAUCUGCUUUCAUGAGGAAAAGAAUUGAUUAAUGAACAGGCAGUCUUGUUUUGCUUUUCAAAGACAUUUUGUAGAGAUUUUUCACUAAUGUGAAUCUGAUUUUAUCUACUCAAUUCUGUAUAGAUUAAGUAAAUAUGUAUGCUUAA